CUGACAACAGUCCUCGGUGUGUAACCUCAGCAGUACAAAAAUGAACGGCACACUCACUACAUUUUCCUCCACAUUAACGUACAUGCUCUUCUAUUCACAUAAUAGAUUAAAAUAGAACAGCAAGGAAUAUAUUUUCCAGUGUUUUGUUUUUUACGAUUGUGCCAUAAAGAAAAGUAUGACAAUCAGGAUUUCCGUAAUUCUGUAGUAUAUCUUUUGUCAAAAUCGAAACCCAAGAGUUAACUACAACACCGUCUAUCACCUUGAAAUUGUUGGAAAAAAACGAGUACGACUGAAAUAAAAAACACGUAGGCAAAGCAGACUGAACGGACUAAAAGAGGCUAAAUAUGAGUUUCCCGGAGGCCACAGAGCAGGACGUUACUGAUCCUGUGACAGGGGAUCCCGAUGAGACGCUGGACCUGCAGGACAGUUUCCAGGAGGAAAGAGGACCUUUGCUUGCAGCCAGCUGUAUGUCUAUGAGCACUGACCAUUCAAUGGGUCCCCCAUUCAGCUUCAAACAAGAGGCUCCGACUGACUCACAAGCGAGGCGGAUGAGGAGAUGUCCGGAGACCGACGCUGCUUGGCACAUCAGCCGCCUUGAGGACGAGGUGGGGCUCGAAGUGCGAUACAUAGACACUUUUAAAGGCAGGGGAGUAUUUGCGGUGUCCGCCUUCGAAGAAGGCGAGUUUAUAGUCGAGUAUAGAGGAGACCUGAUCAACUUUGAAGAAGCUCAGAGAAGACGGCGGAUUUACCAUGAUGCUCUUAAAGGAUUUAUGAUUGACUUCAUCUGGCAAGGAAAAUGUUGGACCAUCGACGCAGCCCUUGACGAUGGAUCUUUUGGGAGGCUGUUUAAUGACGACCAUCUGAACCCCAACUGUAUAAUCAAGAGAAUCAUUGUGGGCAGGCAGCCCCAUUUAUGCAUUUUUGCCAUGAGAGACAUAAUCCCCGGCGAAGAGCUGACCUACACUUAUGGAGACGCUGACUGUCCUUGGAGAGAAAAAGUCUCUAAAGGGCAGAUAGGAGUCAACAGUCUGCCUCAGAGCUCAGGCGAGAUGCCUGCCAGCGGCCAGCUCUGUGGCCCGACCUCCUGGCGGGGGUCUACAGACGUUCAUCAGGAUGGCGUUCUCUGUAAUGACUCUGAUGUCUGCAGCAUUGUGGGAAAUAGUGAGGAAGAUUCUGCGGCCAAUUCCUCAGAUGAAAGUACCUCAGAAGGAAGUGCCUGGGCUCAUGGCAUCUCCAAAGGGAAGAAGAAAGAAAAGAGGAUCUACUCUGAAACCUCCAAUGCACUGGAAGCCAGUAAAUCUGAAGAAGCACAUCAAUCUUCCAGUCACAUUUUAAUCAAAGGUAUUUCAAAAACAUCUCGUGGAUCUCGAGUGUAUGACAAGAAGCAGUACUGCUUUUUUUGCUGCAGACCCCUGUCAAAAAUUGCAAGGCAUUUGGAGCAAGUGCAUAGCAACGAGCCUGACGUUGCAAAAGCUUUGACAUUUCCGAAGGGUUCAAAAGAAAGGAAAAUCCUGUUAGAACAUCUUAGAAACAAGGGUAAUUUUGCAUAUAAUGCUGAAAUUUUGGAGAAAGGACAAGGUGAUCUUGUACCGUGUAAAAAGCCACGCAAGGAUUCUAAUUCCGGGGACUUCAUACACUGCCUGCAUUGUCUUGGGCUCUUUGCGAAGAAGUUUUUAUGGCGACACAUGAAACAGUGCAAGCUUAGAACAAAUGAACUCUCCACACCUGGAGCAGACAAAAUGUUUUCUCCCGGUGCCUGCAUGGGUCCUACGGCGCAGGGAGUUAGUGCAGGUCUGCAUGAGAUUUUAAGGAACAUGAAUGAUGACGAGCUGCUGUUGACCAUUAAAGCUGACCCAUACAUCAUUAAGUUGGGGGAGUAUUUUUACAACAAGUUGGGUGCCGACAGUGGGAAGCAUGCGUAUGUUCGUCUGAAAAUGAGAGAGGUUGGAAGAUUGUUGAUUCAAGCUAAAAAAGCUACCCCAUUGCGCAGAAUGGAAGACUUCGUUGACCCAUCCAAUUUUUUGCAUGUUGUCACUGCUGUAAAGAUGGUCUGUGGGUAUGAUGAUGACAAAUGUACAUUUAAGCGUCCAACCCUUGCUGUUAAGCUGGGUCAUAGCCUGCAGAAGAUGGCCUUUCUGGUGAGCUUUCAAGCAAUGAUGGACCGGGACAGUGAAAAAGCAGAUAAGGCUCGUGACUUCAAUGAGAUGUAUACAACAAGAUGGUGUGAACUUCUGUCUGCUAACACACUCAGAACAUUUAGAGAAGACAAAUGGAACGCUCCCCUUGUUAUUCCCUUCACAGAAGAUGUGAAAAUGAUGCACUUGUUUCUGGAUAACAAGCAGAAAAGUACCUUUAAUGAUCUUUCAUCAAACGCUACUUCUAAGAACUGGACAUGCCUUGCAAAGGUUACUUUAUCUCAGGUCGUUCUGUUCAAUCGAAGGAGGGAAGGUGAAGUUUCAAAGAUGCCGCUGACCUCAUUUGUCUGCAGAAACACUUUUGAUUUGCAUGAAGAUGUUGCCUUUACGGAGCUAGAAAAGAAACUCUGUCGCCAUUUCACAUGGAUUGAGAUAAAAGGGAAAAAGGGAAGGAAGGUUCCAGUUCUUUUGACACCUGAAAUGCAAAAGAGUAUGGAGCUUCUGAAGGAAAAGCGAGGAGUGUGUGGUGUACCAUCCGAGAACAUUUACAUGUUUGCACGUCCAUCUGCAUUGUCUCAUUUAAGAGGAUCUGACUGUCUUCGAGAUUUUGCUGUUGAAUGUGGAGCAAAAAAUCCAAAGGCUCUUUUAUCAACAAAGCACCGUAAAUAUGUAGCAACCCUGUCCAAUGUCCUUAACCUAAACAACACAGAAAUCGAUCGGUUGGCUGACGUUUUAGGCCACAGUAUAAGAGUUCAGCGAGAGGAUUACCGUCUUCCCGAAGGUACUCUUCAACUUGCUAAAAUAAGCAAAGUGUUGAUGGCACUAGAGACAGGAAGACUUGGAGAAUUCAGUGGAAAGAACCUGGAGGACAUUAGCAUUGAUGCAAGUGAAUCACUUCAUGUUCAGAGAUCAGACAUUUCAGGGGAUCUAUCAGAACUGGAGGAUGUAUCUGAUGAGGAAGAACUAGAAGCUGAGGUGUCCAUAGAACAUUCACUUGAUCGAGACGAAAACUCUUCAGCAGACAGACAUAGUCCCGACUAGCUCACCAACGGUGCCAGCUAGUCCUACUUUUCAGAGGUGGUUAAAAAGAGAAAAUGGAACACCAGUGAAGCUGAGGCGGUGGAAAUGCUCUUCAAAACAUGUUCAUGAAAACAUGCAAAGUCCCCGGAAAGAGAGCGUGUGAGGCCUGUGUGAAAGCUGAGCCUGUCGCUCUGAAAGACUGAGACUGGCGCUCUGAAAGACUGAGACUGGCACUCUGAAAGACUGAGACUGGCGCUCUGAAAGACUGAGACUGGCACUCUGAAAGACUGAGACUGG